AUGUCGUUACUCAUGUCGUUACUCAUGUCAUUACUCAUGUCGUUACUCAUGUCGUUACUCAUGUCGUUACUCAUGUCGUUACUCUCUCAUGUCGUUACUCAUGUCGUUACUCAUGUCAUUACUCAUGUCGUUACUCAUGUCGUUACUCAUGUCGCUCUGCUUUAUUAUGCGUUCUCCCUCUUCAAUGUCGUCUUUCCGGCGUUAGUUCACAUUUGCAGCCAUCGGUCCCCGCAUUUGCACCUCGGAUCCAAAGGGCGCGCCUGCACACAGCCCACAAACCCGCGACAUCCAAUCCGCCAUCCAAUCCGCCAUCCCAGGCGACAUUCACCUCCUCCACAUUGUCUCCUCUAUCAUAGCGUCAUGGAUAGUUGUGGGCCUUCGAGCGCUUUGACACAGCUCAAUAAACAUGCACAGCGCGACCAGACGCUUCAAAACGAGUUUGUGCGGCCUGCGCCGGGCCAGAACGCCAAUGCGUUCCAGCGGCCAAGAGUGGAUCAUGCCCUUAACAGUGAGUUUGAGCGGUUCCAGCAGGACUCGUUCCAGCCUUUGAAUAUGGACAUGCAGCAGUUACAGAGCCAUCAUCUUCAGAACCAGAACCUUCAGAACCAGCACCAGAAUCAUCAGCUUCAGAACCUUCGGAAUCAUCAGCUUCAGAAUCAUCAACCUCAGAGUCAUCAGAAUCUUCAGCUUCAGAACCAGCUCCAGAACCACCAGAGCCAGAACUUUCAGGGUCAGAACCAGCUUCAACAGCCCAAUACGUUUGCGCAGCAGUUUCUCGCCCAGAACCAGAGCCAGAAGUCCGGCUGGGUCGACGACUUCCAUGCGCUUUCGCUCCGCGACCGCCCGAGCUGGAACCGCCAGUUCAUGCAGAAAACGCCGCUCACCUUCACCCACGCGCCCGCCUACACAAACAAAGACACCGACAUGGAGGUCGAGGACCUUGGCGCGCAGUUUGACGAGGUGGAGCGCGAGUUGGCGCAGCUCGAGCAGAACGGGGCGCAAAGGGAGGAAGUGCAGAACGAGGCAGUUCAGGCGGACACAGUUCAGGCCGACGACGACAAGGAACGGUUUGCAGAGGCCGCGCGCCAGGUGCAGCGGCUGAUGCUGGAGCAGGGCGGGCUCCGCCUGGACGAGACGAGCGAGAAGUUUGCGCAGCUGAAUUUUCUCAAGCUCAUGGCGCUGAUUUCCGAGCGGCAGGUGGAGAUCUCGCCCGACGGCGAAAGCUUGGUGCGGUCCAACCCGGAGCGGGCGCCGGAGCCCGACUACCACGUUCCGCCGCGCGACGCCGAAACGUUGCGCGCCCAAAACGUGCGCGGCGGCGCCGAAACCAUGCGCGAGUCCGAGUCGAGCUCGGUGCGGGCCCACCUCCCGGACCCUUUGGCGCAUGUGCGCGACGGCGCGUUGGCGCUGGACUUGACGCCGCUCCAGGCGGCGCGCAUCAUUAGCGGCGGCCAGGUGCGCCCGGCCGACUGGACCGAGGACGAGUCGUGGACGGCGGAGACGCCGCGACAACAGCAGACGCCGCGACCCCAGCGGGCGCCGCUCCUUGACCACGCGGCGCAGGAGGCGUACGACGAUUACCGCAACGACGACGAUUUCCACUAG